AUGGCUGUAGAAUUAUUGUUUCUUAUAUCAGAAGGUUCUAAAAGAAUUAAUGGAGAAGAGAAAGGGGAAAAAGAAGAAGAAGAAUUAAUAGUAGCAGAUAAUAGCUUUAGUUUUGAAUUAAAAUUAAAUGAUUCUUAUGGGGCUGUUUUGCUUGGUGAACAAGAAGGAGAAGGAUUUAAAUUAACUGGAAUGAUUGGAGAAUUAGAUGCAGAUAGGGCAGAUAUGGCUAUUGGGGCUUUAAGUAUAAAUCCAGAACGUGACCGUUUUAUUGACUUUAGCGAGCCCUGGUUAUAUCAUGGAAUUCAAAUACUUGAACGUUGGCGUCCAAAACGUUCUCCAAUGGAAUCAUUUUUGCAACCUUUAAAGAAUUCUUUGUGGCUUUCUUUGGUUAUUGCUGUAUUUUUAGUUGCUUUUGUUGUUUAUUUUUUGGAUUUAAAAUCUCCAUUUGAACGUUUUUAUUCUUCUGGACAAGAUCCUUUAUUUGAAAAAGCCGAACAAGAAGAAAGGGUUUCUAUUGGAGAGUCUUUAUGGUUUUCAUGGGGUGUUCUUUUAAAUUCUGGUGUUUGUGAAAAAACUCCGAGAAGUUUUAGUGCUCGAGUUUUGGGAUUAGCUUGGUGUGGAUUUUGCAUGAUAAUGGUAGCUUCAUAUACAGCUAAUUUGGCUGCUUUUCUUGUUCUUGAUCAACCAGAACGUUCACUUUCUGGAGUUAAUGAUCCAAGGCUUCGAAAUCCUUCUGCAAAUUUUAGUUUAGCAACAAUUACACAUUCAGCUACUUAUCAAUAUUUUAAAAGACAUGUAGAGUUGUCUACAGUUUUUAGAAAAAUGGAGGCAAAUAAUCAACCAAAUGCCCGUUCUGCUAUUCAGGCUUUGUUAAAUGGUUCAAUAAGCGCUUUUGUUUGGGAUUCAGUACGCCUCGAAUUUGAAGCAGCUAAUAAUUGUGAAUUACGUACUCGUGGGGCUCUUUUUGGUCGUUCAGCAUAUGGAAUUGGACUUAGAAAAGGAAGUGCUUGGACUCCACAUAUUAGUCAAGCAAUUUUACGUUUAUCAGAAAGUUUGAGAAAAAAUAAAAAAAUAUUUCCCCCAAUAAAAUAUUUAAAUUCAGAUGGAACUUUGGAACGUUUAGAACAAAAAUGGAUACGUUCCCCAAAUAAAAAUUUCCGUCCCUGUUUUCAUUUUGAACCAAAAGCUCCUGCACGUCUUGGACUUAGAUCAAUGAGAGACGGCCUUGUUCUUGUCGCUUCUGGUAUUUUAUUAGGUGCUGGAAUGAGUAUAUUGGAAAGAAAAAGAGGAAAAAGUUUACAAAAACAAAAAAAAAGGCAACAAUUAGCUCGUCAAUAUGCUGCAAAAUGGUUAAAAUUAUCAAAGAGGAAAAGGGAAGGGACAGAUUCAUUAUUAUUGAGAUUAUCUGCUGCAUUGUGUGAUGAAAAAAGAAAACAAAAAGAAGAAAAGUUAAAUAAAAAUAUUUUUAUUAAAACAACACCAAUGUUUGUUCCAGAAUUAAAUUUUGGAAGAAACCCUUGUAAUGUUUAUUGCCCUCGUUGUCAUCAUUUUACCCAAACAAUUACAAAACCAAUUUUUGGCCGUUUUGCUUUAAUAUGUUCUUUUAUUUGUAUUUUAUUACUUCUUUUCCCUUGUGCAUUAGCUCCUAUUUUCUUAACUUGUUUUGCAGAUUAUGAACAUUUUUGUUCAAAUGGAGAAUGUAAACAUAAAAUUGGAAGGUAUAGACGUUGUUUUAAACCAAAAUUUUUUGUUUAA